AUGAAAAAAAUCUUCAUUGUUUAACAUUAAUUACUUGUAGCAAUGGUUAUUCUAGAUUCUUAAUUAACAUAAAAUUAAAGACUUUUGUGUUAGGAAUGUAUUGAAAAUUUUGAAUCUGACUAAAAAGAUAAGACAAUUGGAUUUAAAAAGUUAUUUAGAAGAUUGAAAAAAAUAAAUAGAAAGAGUUAAAUAACAUAGAAAAUCUAAUUGUAACCAAUAUUAUAUUAGUUAAAUCAUUAUAAAUUCAAAUCAAUAAUUUAAAAUCUAAGGUUCUUUAAUAAUUAGAUCAAUUACUUAAUAAUACCAAAGAUUGGAUAUUAAAUUUAAAAUAAACAGGAUCUAAAUAUUCAGAGUAUAGUUUCUUCAAAGAAUUAGAUUUAAUAAUCGAUUAAUAAAAUAAUAAAGAUGAUUAAAUUAAUUGUUAACAUCAAAUUAAAAUAUUUAAUGAAAGUUAGAUUACAAAAAUCAAUUAUAAAUUAGAGUGAUUCAAAUCAUUUCAAUAAUAUCAAUAAUUAUGGAAUAUAUUGA